AUGGGUGCAUCAAAAGAGGGGAUCGCUGACCAGAGUGGUCACAACCCAGCUCUGGACGAUGAAGAGAUAGGGGGACAACAUGGGACCAAACUCGUCGCGAAUGCGGCGCUUAGUCAAGCGACGGCUCUUCAGAAUCCCAGCUUAUUUACUAAAAAUAUGUUCUUGCUCUACGGCUGUCUGCUUGUAGCAACGCUCAACUCAUGCAUCAACGGCUACGAUGGUUCUCUAAUGGGGGCUAUCAAUUCAUACCCCCAGUAUCGAACUUAUUUUGGCUUCCCAGUCGAUAAAGGGACUCCGUCUACUGGUAUCGUAUAUGCUAUCUAUACUAUUGGGAACAUUGUUGGGUCUUUCGCUGCAGGGCCUGCCAGCGACUUCAGGGGUCGGCGAUAUGGAAUGUUCAUUGGAGCCUUGGUUAUAGUCAUCGGAACUUGUGUCCAAGCUUCGUCUCAUGACUUGGCAGCUUUCAUGAUUGGACGGUUCAUCCUUGGCUUUGGGGUCGCUAUCUCGACCACUGCUGGCCCAGCUUAUGUGUCCGAAAUGGCGCACCCGUCCUACCGUGGUCUCAUGACUGGGCUAUACAACACCUUCUGGUACAUUGGCGGUGUUCCGGGGACCUUUGUUCCCUAUGGAACAUCAACCAUCUCCGGCGCAAGUGCUUGGAGGAUACCAAUCUGGCUUCAAAUGUCAUUCUCGGGCAUUGUACUUGUCUUCUCACUCUUUCUACCAGAGACCCCUCGCUGGCUCAUGGCCCAUGACAAGACCGAAGAAGCACUUGAUAUAAUGGCUAGAUAUCACGGCGAAGGUGAUCGCCAGUCACCCAUUGUCCAAUUAGAAUACCAAGAAAUGAGACAUGAAAUGCUGAUUCAUCUGACAGUGGACAUCUCUACCACGGGUUCAGACAAGAGAUGGUGGGAUUACCGUGAGCUCUUUAAUUCGCGAGAUGUACGAUAUCGGACCAUGCUGGUGUUUGCCAUGGCAUUCUUUGGACAGUGGUCAGGCAACGGCCCUGUUUCUUACUAUUAUCCUCAAAUGCUGCAGGGUGCUGGAAUUACGGACAAUAACACCCGGCUUCUCUACAACGGUUGCCAGAACGUCGUCUCCUUCGGGGGUGCCGUUUUUGGCGCUGUCUUUACGGACGCAUGGGGGCGUCGUCCGCAACUGCUAGUCAGUACUGGCAUUAUUGUGGCUAUAUUUUGCAUCGUCACAGCAAUCAACGCUACAAAUGUCUAUGCUGGCCCGGACGGUACACUCCUCGCCAAGUCGUCCUCGGCUUCCAAAGCCGAGAUUGCAUUGAUAUUCAUCUUCGGCUUCGUGAUAUCUGCCGGCUAUACGCCUCUGCAAGCCCUGUAUCCCGUCGAAAUCCUGCGUUACGAAUCGCGAGCCAAGGGGAUGGGCUUUUAUAACUUUUGGGUCAACAUCGCCUCUUUCUACAACACUUUCGUCACUGGUAUUGCCUUCACAGACGCAGGAUGGAAAUAUUAUUUUCUAUUUAUCUUCUGGGAUAUUUUCGAGUUCGUGUUCAUUUACUUUUUUUUCGUCGAAACUAAGAACAGAACUUUGGAGGAGCUCACGGAGAUUUUUGCGGCAAAAAAACCGGUCAAGUUCUCGUUGCAGAAGACCGAGGUUGAAGUGAUAUCGGAUGAGAAAGGGCGCGUUGUUCACGAAGUCGUCGAACAUCCUCCUUCAGAGGCUUUGGAGACUAUUUGA